CCCUAAAAGUCACGCAGGAACAUAAAAAAUAGCAGCAAUGAUUCAGGUAACCAGUUUCACACUUCCAAUCCGUCCAAUAUAAAAGAAAGCCCUUGCACCCCCCAAUCUCACAACACACAGCAAAACCACCACAACUGCAAGCACAACACUAAACAACAGGAAGCAACACUGCUCCAGACAUGGCGACCAGAUCAUCGCUGGUGCAGCUGCUGCUCAUAGCAGUGGCUGCUGCCCAGAUUGUUGGGUCACACGGUGGCGGCAUUUCCAUAUAUUGGGGUCAGAAUGGUGGCGAGGGCGCACUGGCCGACACCUGCGCCACCGGCAACUACAAGUUCGUCAACUUAGCCUUCCUCGCAGCAUUUGGCAAUGGCCAGCCCCCAGUGCUCAACCUGGCAGGCCACUGUGACCCGACCAGUGGUGGCUGCACCGGUCUGAGCGCCGACAUCAAGUCGUGCCAGAGCAGCGGUGUGAAGGUUAUGCUAUCAAUUGGAGGCGGUGCAGGCAGCUACUACCUUACAUCAGCUGCGGAUGCCAAGGAUGUAGCCACAUACCUGUGGAACAACUUCUUAGGUGGGCAUUCCUCAUCUCGUCCCCUGGGUGAUGCAGUUCUUGACGGCAUAGACUUCGACAUCGAGGGCGGCACCAACCAGCACUGGGAUGAUCUUGCAAGGUACCUGAAAGUGUACAGCAACUCCGGCAGGAGGGUGUACCUGACUGCUGCGCCUCAGUGCCCGUUCCCUGAUGCCUGGAUGGGUGGUGCCCUCAACACUGGCCUGUUUGACUACGUCUGGGUGCAGUUCUAUAACAACCCACCCUGCCAGUACAGCUCAGGCAGCACCACGGAUCUUGCAGAUGCAUGGAAGCAGUGGUUGUCGAUUCCGGCAAAGCAGAUCUUUCUUGGCCUGCCUGCUUCACCACAGGCAGCUGGAAGCGGGUUUAUACCAGCUGAUGAUCUGAAGUCUCAGGUUCUACCAUUGAUCAAGAGCUCUGGGAAAUAUGGUGGGAUCAUGCUGUGGUCCAAGUACUAUGAUGACCAAGAUGGUUACAGUUCCUCAGUCAAGAAUGAUGUUUAAAUGGGGUUGCCUCUGGUGUAAUGAGUUCGUGUGUGAUUCUUGUGCUGUGUGGGCAUUUCAUCCUAUGCUUUGUGAGUAGCUGUGUGAUUGUGAAUAACUGUGUGUAUUUGCAAUAAUUAUUAUUUGAGGAUUGGAUUG